GACCCGUGCGCGAGCUGUUGCCGUUGAACUCUGACAGCUAGAACUCUGACAGAGUUAGCCGUGUAUGCUAGCGGUUCGGUUUGGUGUGUGGUGAGGGUUGUCGGUGUGAGAACCGAAAACAAACAGACAGAGAGAAAGAAAGAAAGACAGACAGACAGACUGUAAUGGGUGAAGAAAUGAAGAAAAAAUCAAGUUCAAAUCAUCUACCAGCGGGGGAUGGUGACGUGAAAUUUUUCACGCGCGAGGAGGUUCACGCUCAUAACGUGAGCACAGAUGCGUGGCUGAUCAUCCACGAUAAAGUUUACGAUAUUACGAGAUUCCUCGAAGAGCAUCCAGGAGGUGAAGAAGUGCUUCUGGAGCAGGCAGGCUCAGAUGCAACCGAGAGCUUCGAGGACGUCGGACAUUCCACAGACGCCAGAGAGAUGCUUCAGCAGUACUACAUCGGAGAGCUGCAUCAGGAUGACAGAAAGAAUGAGUGUAAGAAGGAGGUUUAUAUCACAACUUCAAAAGAUUCCAGUUCAUGGAGCACCUGGCUGAUUCCCGUCGUAGCUGUCGCUGUUGUAGGCUUCAUGUAUCGUUAUUACAUGAUGGAAAACAAAUCAUCUUGAGCACUACGCAGCAGCUCCUGGAUUCCCCCUGAGCCCGUCUCAGCACGGCGCCCUCUGGUACGAGCUCUCGCACACAGCGGGCUCAGGGACAGUCUGAUCGGUUUCGGAUCAGGAUCCAGGCAAAGCAGCAUUUUUUCUCUCUCUCUCUUUCCUCUAGAGGCCUUGGACUUUUCUCUCUUUCUGAUAUCAUGCGCACACACGCACACACGCACGUACGUCUGACCAUCACUGCCCUUUUCAUGCUAGUGAGUCGAGUCACAGUCUUGUCCCUUUUUUUUUCUAUCCAGUUUUCUGUCGUUCUCUGCGUGCACCAGGAGGAGAAUAAGUGCAGGAUGAUGUCGGGCCGUGCCUCAUUUUAGACCAGACCUUUUCGCUUAAGAUUUGACUGAUCAAAUGCAGCAGUAAACUGGAGUGUGUGUGUCACCAUCUGUUCCUUGUUCCUCGUUCCUGUUCUCUCUUUACUCUGACUGAACAUGGCAUGUGACACGUAUAUAUUUCAGCAUUAUGGCUUAUGAACAUGUGACCUAUAGACCCUUCCUAAGAUCCAGUUAAAGCUUCUCUUGGGGCCACGAUUGGUAAUCAGUUUGUUCAAAAGUUACACACUCAAACCAGAUACACACUCAGUCAGAAAUCACGUACAUUAGGCUUCCCUUAAUACCUUUUAUUAUUUACUGCAUUAGUUAGCAUUUAUUCUUACAGAUAGUAUUUCGCAUGCCUAUGCUUUUUGGUGUGUUUUUGAUUAAUACAUAAAUAAAUAAACAAUGCCCCUGAUUUAUAUAGACAUGCAGCCUUUUAUAAGUUUCGUUUUAAGGUGUUGGGUCAGGUUAAUUUAUUAAGAUAAAUUGUGGUAUUUCUAUAUUUAAAAUAAGAAGAAGAAAAUAAGAAAUUAAAUUUUCCCACAUUCCUAGUUUAUAAUGCAGAGAUGUAUUGAGUGAAUGUGCAUAAUUUUUUUGCAAGAGACAAUUUUAAUUUUAUUAAUUUUACAAUUCUACACUAGCAUGUGACCAUACGCCCUCCUUCAUUUACCUCUAGAUUUCUAAACAGCCGAGUCACUGGCAAUCCUUAAGCAGUAAUUAAAGACCUACAGUAUGUUUCUUAGGUAUUUGAAUUAAUGUCGCAGUUUUUUAGUGGGGUGAUUCACGUAUCGUCCCAUCCCCCCCCC